CCCCCAUCGUCUUCGAAUUGGGGAUCUCGCGUCCCAACCAAACCCGCUCCAAACCUAGGGUUCCGCCGACCCGCCGUCUCGCCGACCGCUCGCCGGCGCCGGCGCCGGCGCCAUGUACAACGGCAUCGGGCUGCAGACCGCGCGCGGGUCCGGCACGAAUGGGUACGUGCAGACCAACAAGUUCUUCAUCCGCCCCCGGACCGACGGGGCCGCCAAGGCGCCGCUCCACAACUACGACCACGACCCCGGCCGCGACAAGCCCGGCGGGUUGCGGCCGCCCAACAAGGAGAUCCUGGAGCACGACCGGCGGCGGCAGGUGGAGCUGCGGCUGGUCGAGCUGAGGGACACCCUCGAGGAGCAGGGCUACACCGAGGGCGAGAUCGAGGAGCGCGUCGAGGAGGCGCGAAAGGAGGCCGCUGCCGCUGCCGUGGCCGCGGAGGCGGGUGGUCGCGCAGGCGGCGGGGGCCCAGCACCCCGUCCUGGCGAAGGGUUCACGGGCACACAGAGCCACCAUGUCGCAGCACGGAAGGAGAAGCAGCUUGAGACGCUGAGGGCUGCUCUUGGGCUAGAAGCUGAGAUUGAACAGAAGAAAGCUGAAGUAGACAGUGAUCCAGAGUCUGGGGAGCUUGUACCUGGGAAGGAUUCUGAAGGGAUGGAUAUCGAUGUUCAGAAUGAUAGAAAGGCUAAAAAGCAUGCAAAGAAGGGAAAGAAGGAAAAAGGGAAUGAUAGGAACAGUCACAGCAGAAGUUCUAGGAAGAGUAAGCAUGGGUAUGAUUCAGAAGAUGAUUCUGAGUCUGACCAUGAUGAGAGAAAGGGAAAGAAAUACAUAAAGAGAUCCUUCUUAGAUAGAGUCCCUGAUUCUGAGAUUCUUCAUAAGAAUGCUAAACAGGGAAAAGGCGCACGCCAUGAUUCUGAGUCUGAUUCAGAUAGCGACCAUGGCAAGAAGAAGGCAAAACACACGAAAAACAAUCGUGAUGAGGGAAAGAACGGUCCUGUGAAGAGCUCUCGUCAUGACUCUAAAGAUGAGAAGCCCAGAAGAAGCAAGUACAAGGGUGAUUCGUACAGUGAGUCGGAGAGUGAUGUCUCUGAUUCAGAUUCAGGCAGCGACUUUGAUCGGAAACAGAAAAAAGGUGAACUCCUUGGUUCUAAAAAUGAUAAGCAGGCACCAAAAAGUAAAGAGAAGGAGGCCAGUCUUGGUAAGAAUGUUGAUAAGCGCAAGAGACAUGAUUCUGAUUCGAAUGGUUCUGCUCAUGAUAGGAAAAUACACCCUGAUGCAGCUAUUGUUAGGAAGGAUCAUUCCCGUGAUAAACCGAAGAUUGACCCAAGGAGUGAUGAAUAUAAAAACAAAAGGCCUUUGAAGACUUCUCGCCAUGACUCUGAAGAUGAGAAGCCACACAGCAAGGUCCUUCGGAAGGAAAAAUACACCGGUGAACCAGAGAUUGACUCAGAGAGGUAUACCAGUGAGAAGAACAAGCCUGCAAAAUCCUCUAUCCAUGUUCCUAAAGCUGAUAAGGAAGCACCAAAACAUAAAGAGAAGGAAGGGAAGACCAGUAGUAAAAAUGUUGAUAAGCGCACCAGGCAUGAUUCUGAUUCUGAUUCUGACUCAGAUUCGGAUGGAUGGCCAAGACGCCUUGACACAAAGGUAAAAAAGAUCGUGGAAGAGAAAAAAAGGGGGAUUAGCUCAAGUGAGAGUUCAUUUUACAGCAGCAGCAGCAGCAGUGAAUCAGAUGUGAGCAAUGAUAGCCGUGAGAACAGGAAAUCUGACAGAGGAUUAAAGAGUGGUAAUGAUCAGAAGUAUGCUAAAAGGGCUUCUUACAAGAAUGAGUUAGAGGAAAGGAAAAAGGGUCAAGAUGGGAGAAGAAAGGAUCUGGAGUAUCAAAAGCAUAAGGAGGAAGAGAGAAUCGAGCAGGAGAAACAGAAACAGAGGGAGGAAGAGAGGAAAGAGUUGGAGAAGCAAAAACGUCUGGAGGAAGAGAGGAAGGAGCUGGAGAAGCACAAGCAGAGGGCAAAGGAGGAAGAGACACUGAAAGAGAGGGAACAUGAGCGGAGGAAAGGUGAGCGUGGUGUGGAAAGGGACAGCAGAAGAAAGGUUGGAGAAGAUAGGUAUGACCCAAACGCAAACAGACUCAGCGAUGAUGAAAACAGGGACCGAAAGACGCAUGAAGAUUAUGGUCGACACAAAACUAGAGAUUCAGAUAGGUAUGACCCAAAUGCAAACAGACUUAGCGAUGAUGAAAACAGGGACCGGAAGACGCACGAAGAGUAUGGUCGACACAGAGCUAGAUACUCAGAUAGCCAUGAUUCAAAGAGGUCUAGAUAUGAUGACUCUUAUAACCACUCAAGGAGGGAUUAUGAAGAGCGCUAUUCUAGAGAUGAGCACAGAGACAGGAGGCGUCGUUGAAUGCUGAAGUUAUCUUAAAUUGCAUCUCAUUUCCAUGAAGCAAAGUGCAGCGCUGGUAUAGCUUGUUGAGCAAGGACAGUAACAUCGGGCUACAUUGAAGAAGGUUCAUUCGCCUAGCACCAGAUUUUGGCCAUGUUAGUUACUGCUAGCUGUCAUCCAGCAAUGCUGUAUUGUCGCAGCGGUGAAGUUUUGUUUGCUCAUGUUUGUAUGGACUUUGUCCUUUCUCUGCGGUGCCAGUCUUGAGUGUGUAAAAUGUGGAGCUUAUACUAUUAUGCCAGUGGCAUCAUGUUGCCUCAGCCACAAUGUGGGGAGAUGUAUCUAACUUCUUAUGCCUUUUGUUGUUCGAGAUGAACCUUGCUAAAACUUUGUCUAAGGCUUUUAGCUUGCCUUGAUGCUCAUUUUA